GCUAAAUGUCUCUAAUUUAACAAAAAACUUAACUGAUAAUUAAUCCUUUUCUCAUAACAUUACAAAAUUUUGGAAAUUACGUCGCUAUUGAUCAUUAAAAUGUGGAGGUAUGCUAUACUGACACCUGUAUUUAGACACACGCUCAUGUUAUAUUUAAGGAAACAAACCACGAGGCUGUAUUUAUAGACCUCCUAAUGUUCAACAGUCAGAACUGACGGUUAUACUUAAAAAGUCUGCACAUGUCCUGGAUAUUACAAUACUUUCAUGCUUCCUAAAAGCAACCUUAAGCAUGUUGUUUUUCCAAUUCUAAAAUUCCAUCAUUUGUGGAUUAUUGUUGCUUAAUUGAAAACAAGCCAGCUAUAAUAAAAUGCACUGUCAUUGGCUUCCAUGCCAUUGCAUGGCUGAGGUUCAAAAAGUCACCCACAGUAUCUUGUAACACCUCCCUGAAAUAGCCCUGCCUGCACAAACAACCCACAUUUCAGCUCCUUACAUCAGAAACCAGGGAACUGGCUAAUGAAUAAAACAACAUAGAUAAGUUGGACAUGGCUUAUCUGGCACCUAAAAUAAAGUGGAAAAAGCAAAAGCAGUACCGCGAAGAUGUUAUCGCCACCGCCAAGGCCACAGGGUGCGUCCUCCAGUUUUGGAACUGUCUGCUUGUGGGUGAUGCACUGACCAUCCUGAGCAUCGUGGACGAUGAGGAGCACAGCUACCUCAUUGAUGCCAUCUAUGACACCAGCAAUUUAGAAGAGUGGAAGAACUUCAGAUUUAACUACAGAGGCCUCAGACUGUGGUCUUUGACGUAUGAACAAGAGUUGACAACCCCUCUUCACAUCACAGCGGGCCGAGGAUUUGCAGACUGCCUGAGCCUCUUGCUUCAACGUGGAGCAAAUGUAGACCUGGCUCCUGGAGGCAAUACUGCCCUGCAUGAGGCCUGUGAAAGCUGCCAGGCAGAGUGCGCCAAAUUGCUGCUUAUUUAUGGAGCGAACCCCAAUGCUGUCUCUGAAGACGGGCUUAUGCCUCUGCAUGUUUGCACAAGUCCUCAAUCACUUGAAUGUGCCAAGUAUCUCCUCCAGUAUGGUGCCACGAUUAACGGUUGUACUCUGGAUGAAGAUGAUUCUCCGCUACAUAUUGCAGCCAGGAACGGACUGGGAGAACAUAUUGAGCUCUACCUGCGCCAUGGAGCCUCAGUGGAUAAACAGAACAAUGAGGGUCUCACACCCCUGAAUGCAGCUUGUGCACGCCCUCAGGAGAUGAAGGACCUUGGAAGUUACUCGAAGGUGUGCCAGAUGCUGCUGGAUGCGGGGGCUGAUGUUCACACUAAGGAUCAGGACAGACACACUCCCUUACACAUGGCCUGUAAGAACGUAAACCCAGAUGUAGUGGAUCUGCUGCUUGCCAAGGGGGCCUGUGUUAAUAAUAUGGGCUAUGGCGGAGACGCUCCCAUGCAUAACAUCCUGAAGGUGGUGUGCUACAAGGUCUCCCAUCAUCCUGAGAGGAUUGUUCGUGCUUUACUAAACUACGGCUCUAUUCGAGUCUGGCCUGGUGCUCUCCCUGUGGUUUUGAAGCACUGCUCAGAAUCGCCACACACCAUUGAGGUUCUCCUGAAUGCCUACAGCCACCUGAAAGUCACAGACGCUUGGGUUGAGUCUGUCCCUGAAGAUGCUUACAAGGAGCACAAAGACUUCUAUGACUCCAUCUUCUCCUUGGCAAAGACUCCUCGUUCCCUGCAGCACUUAGCGCGGUGCAAACUAAGGAGCUACCUGGAAGGCCGAGUUUACAAAGUGGUCCCAAAGCUUGAUCUGCCCAACUUCAUUAAGGACUACCUGCUCCUGGAGUGCAGAGGAUAUGUGCACUGAACGCAUGUUGUUGUGUUAGUGAAAGUCCACUGGUGGGGUGCAGACUAGUUAGAUGAUUUUUUUCUCCUUUUUUUUAUGUUUCGGUUUCAAAUGAAGUUUUAUUUAAUCCUUGUCCUUGAGUAAGCAGCUGCUGCUUGUUUUUCAUAAUCACUUGUAAAGCAGAUCAACUGCUUCAGCACAUUCAUUGGUGUUUUAACACCACAAGAGGGAGCUAUAGAACAGAACUGAUACAGCAAGAGAUGGAUUUGGCAUUUUACUUUUUUAUGUUGUAUAUUUGGUUUUAUUUUGCAUUUAAAGAUAAAGAGAAUAACUUUUUGUGACUGUAUACAUUAUACUUUAAUGAUUUGGCUUGUGAACUGAGUAUUUUCAUAAAUAUUUGCAUGUUAUAAUAAGGGGUUUAUGUCAAAAUUCAGAUAAAGUAAAACAUUGACAUGAGUAGCGGACCUGCUCCUUUGGUUUAGGUAGUAAUUAUAUUGCUUAAUGUGUUAUUGAGUAUUUCCUACCUUGACACUGUCUUCAGGUUAAAGGAAAGAAAGUAAAACUUAAAUAAAGCUUUAGCCAGUCUGGCUUGUAUCCACUCAAAUGGUGCAAACUUAAUAUCAGAGAAUAGAAAGAGGCCCCAUAAC